CUAUUAUUCAUAUUAAGUCCAGAAUAUUGUCAUAUCAUGCCUGGUGACUAUGAGGAAGGUGAACUGAAUAAUAAUCGGGACGAUAGACGCGAUGGAUCUCGAUCUAACCAAAUGGACCGCAAACGAAAAUCCAAGUUUUCUGGUUCAAGUAUAUACGAACGAGAUCAUCGACGGGAUCGUUCUCGUGAGAGAAGACAUCGAGAUAGUCGGUCUCGUUCUCGCAGUCGAAGUUAUCACAGCAGUAGACGUCACCACUCGAGCAGAAGAAGUCGUUCCCGAUCUCGUUCUCGAUCGCAUUCUCGCUCUCGUGCCACGUCGCAUUCUCGCUCCCGUGCCGAAAACCGUAACCAACGCGAGUCUAAAGUGAUCGAAGACGCCAUAUCAAAUACAGCUGACUCUACUACUGAGAAUCAGGCUCCUCCAGCCGAUCCAGCCACGCAAGACCCUGCCCAGGCUGCGGAGGACGAUCCAAAUAACGUUCACAAGCAGUGCGAGCAGGCCGCGGUGGAGGCUCGCAAGCGCGCGAUGAAUCUUCUCCGAAAGCGCGGGUUGAUUCCGGACGAUAUGAUUGAAGAGCCGGAAGAGGAGGCGCCGGCUCCUGUGGAAGAAGCGCCGGCUCCUGUGGAGGAGGCGCCAGCUCCGGUGAAUCCAUUGCUGCCCAAGCUGGUGACUCCGAUCGCGGAAGGACAGAAUACGGGUCCGUUAAGUUGGUACAAACCGUAG